GCUGCCACCGGCGCCGCCGCCGACUCGGCCGGUGGCGGUGUGGGAGACGGGCGUCCGACCCUGGGCCGCUGAGUGUGACGGACGGGGCCGGGGGCCGCCUGGCGCCGCGGCGUCUGAGGCUCCUCGCGGACCAUGUAUUUCCUGAGCGGCUGGCCCAAGAGGCUGCUCUGCCCUUUGGGGAGCCCGGCCGAGGCGCCUUUCCACGUUCAAUCCGACCCCCAGAGGACUUUCUUCGCCGUACUGGCCCCAGCUCGCCUCAGCAUCUGGUACAGUCGGCCCAGUGUAUUAAUUGUAACCUACAAGGAACCUGCAAAAUCGUCUUCUCAGUUUGGGUCCUACAAGCAAGCUGAAUGGAGGCCAGAUAGUACCAUGAUAGCUGUGUCAACGGCAAAUGGCUACAUCUUGUUUUUUCACAUAACAUCUACAAGAGGGGACAAGUACCUUUAUGAACCAGUGUAUCCCAAAGGAAGCCCACAAAUGAAAGGUACACCCCAUUUUAAGGAAGAACAGUGUGCUCCAGCAUUAAAUUUAGAGAUGAGGAAAAUACUGGAUUUGCAAGCACCCAUCAUGAGUUUGCAGUCUGUGCUGGAAGAUCUCCUGGUUGCUACUUCUGAUGGACUUCUUCAUCUUAUUCACUGGGAAGGAAUGACAAAUGGGAGGAAAGCUAUUAAUCUUUGUACAGUACCCUUUUCAGUAGACCUGCAGUCAUCUAGAGCAGGUUCAUUCCUGGGUUUUGCAGAUGUGCACAUUAGAGACAUGGAAUACUGUGCCACACUUGAUGGAUUUGCUGUUGUGUUUAAUGAUGGUAAAGUUGGAUUUAUUACACCAGUGUCAAGUAGAUUUACUGCAGAGCAGCUUCAUGGAGUUUGGCCACAAGAUGUUGUUGAUGGAACUUGUGUAGCAGUAAAUAACAAGUAUCGACUGAUGGCAUUUGGUUGUGCGAGUGGUUCUGUACAGGUUUAUACAAUAGAUAACACCACUGGAGCCAUGCAGCUGUCUCAUAAACUAGAGUUAACAGCAAAACAGUAUCCCGACAUUUGGAACAAAACAGGAGCUGUUAAGUUGGUCAGAUGGUCUCCUGACAAUAGUGUUGUGGUAGUGACCUGGGAAUAUGGAGGCCUUUCUUUAUGGAGUGUAUUUGGAGCCCAGCUGAUUUGUACACUUGGAGGAGAUUUUGCUUAUAGGUCAGAUGGUACCAAAAAAGAUCCCCUUAAAAUCAACUCCAUGAGCUGGGGUGCUGAAGGCUAUCACCUCUGGGUAAUCAGUGGAUUUGGUUCUCAAAAUACUGAAAAUGAGUCUGACUCCAAGAGUAUAGUUAAACAGCCUGGUAUUCUACUGUUUCAGUUUAUCAAGAGUGCACUCACUGUAAACCCUUGUAUGAGUAACCAAGAGCAAGUGUUGCUUCAGGGGGAGGAUCGAUUGUACUUGAACUGUGGAGAGGCCUCACAGAGCCAGAAUCCCAGGAGUUCUUCAGCUCACUCUGAUCACAAAACCCGUCGGGAAAAGAGCCCCUUUGCAGAUAGCAGUUUAGAGUCUCAGAGUUUAAGCACUUUACUUGGUCAUCGGCAUUGGCAUGUAGUACAGAUUUCCAGCACCUAUCUAGAGAGCAAUUGGCCUAUACGGUUUUCAGCUAUUGAUAAACUUGGCCAGAAUAUUGCUGUUGUUGGCAAGUUUGGUUUUGCACAUUACUCUUUACUCACCAAAAAAUGGAAGCUUUUUGGAAACAUUACCCAGGAGCAGAAUAUGAUUGUGACAGGUGGCUUAGCCUGGUGGAAUGAUUUUAUUGUCCUUGCAUGUUAUAACAUAAGUGAUCGUCAAGAAGAGCUCAGAGUGUAUUUGCGAACCUCAAAUCUGGACAAUGCUUUUGCUCAUGUCACCAAAACACAAGCAGAAACAUUACUGCUUAGUGUCUUCCGGGACAUGGUAAUAGUUUUUAGAGCAGACUGUUCAAUAUGCCUUUAUAGUAUUGAAAGAAAAUCUGAUGGUCCAAAUACUGCUGGUAUUCAGGUUCUUCAGGAAGUAUCCAUGUCACGCUACAUUCCUCACCCUUUCCUAGUGGUAUCUGUCACUCUGACAUCAGUGAGUACAGAGAAUGGAAUCACCUUGAAAAUGCCACAGCAGGCUCGUGAUGCAGAGAGCAUUAUGCUAAAUCUGGCAGGACAGCUCAUCAUGAUGCAGAGGGACAGGUCCGGCCCUCAGAUCCGAGAGAAGGACAGCAACCCUAACCAAAGGAAACUUUUGCCAUUCUGUCCUCCUGUUGUACUAGCCCAGUCUGUUGAAAAUGUCUGGACCACGUGUCGCGCAAAUAAACAGAAGCGUCACCUGUUGGAGGCCCUCUGGCUGAGCUGUGGUGGUGCGGGGAUGAAAGUCUGGCUCCCUCUUUUCCCCAGGGAUCACCGCAAGCCCCAUUCCUUCUUGUCCCAGCGGAUCAUGCUACCUUUUCACAUAAAUAUCUACCCCCUGGCUGUUCUGUUUGAAGAUGCAUUAGUCCUUGGUGCUGUCAACGACACUCUGCUCUACGAUUCUCUGUAUUCUCGGAACAGUGCUAGGGAACAGCUGGAGGUGCUCUUCCCUUUCUGUGUUGUGGAGAGAACCUCUCAGAUCUACCUCCAUCACAUUUUGCGUCAGCUGCUGGUGAGGAACCUCGGGGAGCAAGCUCUGCUCUUAGCCCAGUCCUGUGCCGCGCUGCCUUACUUUCCUCACGUGCUGGAGCUCAUGCUCCAUGAAGUGCUGGAAGAAGAAGCUACCUCACGGGAGCCCAUUCCCGACCCUCUGCUUCCCACGGUGGCAAAAUUUAUCACCGAGUUCCCCCUCUUCCUGCAGACAGUUGUUCACUGUGCCAGGAAGACUGAGUAUGCCCUGUGGAACUACCUGUUUGCAGCUGUUGGAAACCCCAAGGACUUGUUUGAAGAAUGUUUGAUGGCUCAGGAUUUAGAUACUGCUGCGUCUUACCUUAUUAUCUUACAGAACAUGGAAGUUCCAGCAGUAAGUAGGCAACAUGCCACCCUUCUUUUCAACACAGCCCUGGAACAAGGCAAGUGGGACCUGUGUCGACACAUGAUUCGAUUUCUGAAAGCCAUUGGCUCUGGAGAAUCUGAGACGCCCCCAUCCACACCUACAGCUCAGGAACCCAGUUCAAGUGGUGGUGGAUUUGAGUUCUUCAGGAAUCGAAGCAUCAGUUUAUCCCAGUCAGCUGACAGUGUUCCUGCUAGUAAAUUCAGCUUACAGAAAACACUAAGUAUGCCAUCUGGUCCUUCUGGAAAAAGAUGGAGCAAAGACAGUGACUGUGCUGAGAACAUGUAUAUUGAUAUGAUGCUCUGGAGACACGCUCGGCGUCUCUUAGAAGAAGUUCGGCUAAAGGAUCUCGGCUGCUUUGCAGCCCAGUUGGGCUUUGAACUCAUUAGUUGGCUGUGCAGGGAGCGUACCCGUGCUGCCCGAGUAGACAACUUCGUGUUGGCCCUGAAGAGGCUCCACAAAGAUUUCCUUUGGCCACUUCCCAUCACCCCAGCUGCUUCUGUCAGUUCUCCUUUCAGAAACGGAAAAUACCGAACAGUGGGAGAGCAGCUGUUAAAGUCACAGUCAACUGACCCAUUUUUAAACCUCGAGAUAGAUGCUGGCGUCUCUAACGUCCAACGAAGUCAGAGCUGGCUCAGCAACAUUGGCCCUGCUCAUCAAGAAAUAGACACAGCUUCAUCUCACGGGCCACAGAUGCAAGAUGCCUUCCUGUCACCUUUAUCUAAUAAAGGUGAUGAAUGCAGUAUUGGUUCAGCCACGGACUUGACUGAAAGUAGCUCCAUGGUGGAUGGAGACUGGACAAUGGUGGAUGAAAAUUUCUCCACACUCAGUCUAACCCAGUCAGAGCUGGAGCACAUCUCCAUGGAGUUGGCGAGUAAAGGGCCUCACAAAUCCCAGGUCCAGCUUCGGUAUUUGCUGCACAUCUUCAUGGAGGCAGGAUGUCUGGACUGGUGCAUUGUUAUAGGCCUGAUUCUUAGAGAAUCCUCAAUAAUCAACCAGAUUUUGGUUAUUAUACAAUCUUCAGAGGUCGAUGGAGAGAUGUUACAGAACAUAAAGACAGGGCUGCAUGCUGUGGACCGAUGGGCCGCCACAGAUUGUCCUGGAUAUAAGCCAUUUUUAAACAUCAUUAAGCCACACCUGCAGAAGCUUAGUGAGAUAACAGAAGAGCAGGUCCAGCCUGAAGCCUUCCAGCCGAUGACUGUGGGUAAGACUUCUGAACAGACUGGUCCCCGGGCAGAGGAGAACAGGAGCUCCUCGGGCCAUGGAAGCAUCCCCCAGGGCGAGGUCGGAGGCAGCAGUUUGGUGAGCCGGAAAGAAGAGGACACAACGCGAGCAGAGGAGGAGGAACCUUUUCAAGAUGGGACUUACGACUGUUCUGUGUCCUAACAACAGUGAGUACCAUCACCACGGGCAGUAUUAAUUAGCAUCAGCGUGCAGCUGAGGACACUGUGACCUAGCUGGAAAAUUUAACCAGGGAGAGAACACAGCUCAGAGACUCUGGUAAGGUAUUAUUAAAUUUUAACUUUUUCCUCUACGAAAUCUUGAGUCCAUAAAAAUGUGAUAUCAAAAAAAAUAUCAUCUUUCAUAAAAGUUUUUUUUUAAGCUGCAGUGGAAAGUUGUACAGAAUAUUGUACAGAUGUACAUGCGAACAUUUUGGUUUUCUUAAGGAUUGGUAGCUCUUAAACCACAGGGAUUGUUUUGCCCCAGAUGAGCUUACUUUUUCACUACUUAAAGCUUCCUAUGUUUUCUGGUUCAGCGUGUGUUCCAGACUGCUUUUUAAAAAUAAAUGCUAAGGUGCUUGCUGUAGCUCAUCAAGUACUUGAGCUACCUGUAUGCCCCCUGGAUCAAGAGCACUGGACUCCCUAAUUGGGCCUCUGAAUAGAUGCCUACCCCGGUAUAACAGGUACCUGUAAGAUGCUCCUCUUCUAGCCUGUUAAUCCCGGUCCUCAAUUGAUGGAAGCUAUUUACCUGUGUCAGUGUGCCUGCUUUUUGUCUAGCUUGGUUCCUACUAGGUGAGUGUAGGCAGAGGCCUGAGGAGUUCUUAUCAAUUAUGCUAUUAGAUACCACUAAACUAUUUUGUAUCAAAGAAUCGUAUCUUUUUGUGAAUAAUUUUGUGUAAAUAUACUCAAAGGCACUGUUCCUAUUUUUAGGGCUUGUACUAUAAUUUGUAAGGUUUUAUGCUGGAUUCUGCAUGGCUAUAGAUACUCACUCUUAGAACAAAGACAGGGCUUGCUCUUCUUUCCAGAUAUAAGCACUCUUCAUAGAGGAAGACAGAUUUAUUGGCUUGGUCAUAAGGUAACAGAAAUGGUCACACUGAUCAUGAAAUGAAACAGGUUUUGUGCAAAUUAAUGUAGUUUCUUAUUUAUUGCUUUUGUAAAUUGAAUAAAAAUGAACUCUAUGUAAAUAGACUGCUGAAUCCUGUAUUAUCACGGCUACUAAAAAUUAGUAUGUAAAGAAUGCAUUCUUCAUCGUAACUUUUUAAAUAUUUUAUGUAUUUCUAGAUAUGACUUAAAUCUUAGUUUUCAUACAUUAUGAAAACACAGUUGCAGACUCAGUUGCUUCAGACUAAACACAUAUCCACUGUAUGGAUAUCAAUUACCUUAUAACAGUAUUAAUUUAGAUAGCUUGUUUGUACUGUGCAAUUUGAACAAAGGAAUGCAAUGUUAUUUUUUACAAAAACAAACUUAUUUUUAUAACAACGUAUUUGAUGUGGACCAAAUUAUACCACUAUGUAAAACAGCCUCUCCUCUCAUAGUGCAAUUACAGUUUAGAAAUAAAACUUGGUCCUCUAUCCUUGCUUUUUAAAAUUAAUGGCUAGAUUUAGUUGUCCUAGCCAGGUUUCCUUUGAAGGGAAACUCAAAUUUGAAAAAUGUUUGUUCAAAAGUUAUCAACGGUUUUAAAUUACUGAGUUUCAUAAUUUACCUAUCACUCACUUUUCACAUUACAAGUGCAAUACUUUCACAUACUAAAACUCCUGAAUGGGUGGAAUAUGUGAUUACUGGUACCUGGCCCUUCUGGUGCUAUGUUUAUUUAAGCCUUUGUUUUAAAUCACCUUUCCCUGAAUCUUAAGAUAGAAAAUGUUUCCCAUGUGAGUCCAUGCAGCCCAGCAAGAAACUGAAGAAAUUCUUCUCCUGUCCUAGUCCAUUAUGAGAACAGGACUAGCAUUACUUUUGUGUUUGGUGUGAGUAUUUAGUCAAUAAAAAUGAUUCGCCAUUGUAAACAGCCAUGAUCUUUUCAGAUAUCCUAAUGUGCUGCUGGGUUCAUCUUGCUCUCUUAAAAGCAGGACGCCAUUAAGUUAACCAUAUUCCUCUGGUUAAUGCCAUGACUGAAACUUUUCUUGUAUAAAAUACUUGUUUUGCAACCAACAGAUAUAGGUGGCCCCAAGGCAAAAAGAUUGGCAGCUUUACAGAAAAACUUUUCUUUGGUAGUUUGUUAUAUACUUUAAUUUUUUAAAUCAUAUUUUAAUUUUGCCUUGUUUGGAUCACGUAUUUGACUGUUUAAGCCAUAUUUAACCAAUGAAUUUAAAUACUCAAUAUAACUAUUCGAAGUUUAAAUUAUUUGCUGAUACCAAAACAAGAAGUUAUUUGGGGGUAGUGUCAACCUUUGCUUGUAAUUAAAAGUUGCUGCUACUUCUGUAAUGUGUAUUUUUUUUUUUUUUAACUCGGUAAAGGGCAAUAAAACCAUUACAUGAACUUUUUGUUUAUUCAUCAAGUUAACAGCAAAAAGUGUAUGUAUUAAAAGUCAUACUUUCAUUAUAUAAUUCCACCUUUUAGAAUUUUCCUUAUAACUAGAAAUUUAUAUUUAAAAUGUAUAUGGGUAUACCAUUUUAUGGAUAUAUUUCUUUACUCAUCAGUUGAGGGACAUUUGGAUGGAUUCCACUCGGACCAUCAUUCAUAAUGACCCUGAUAUGCAGGUUUCUGUGUGGACGUAAGUUUUCAGUUCUCUUUAGGAGUGGAAAUGUUGGGUUAUGAUACUGGUUAAUUUGGGGGGAGGGGUGUGGUGGGGAAUGCUUAACUGUAUUACAAAGUGCCUGUACCAUUUUAAAAGAAAAAAUCAUUUCCACUAGUAGUGGAUGAGGGUUCAAGUUUCUGUUGUCAACAUUUGUUUUUGUACUUUUGGUUCUAGCCAUCUGAGUUAUGUAUGAAGUCUCAUCUUAUGGUUUAGAUUUACAUUUCCCUGAUGGCUAACAUCUUUUCAUAUAUCAUUAUUUGCCAUUCACAUCUGUCUUUGGAGAAAACUAUGUAUUCACAUCCUUUUCCCACUUCACAGAUGGCUCAUUAAUCUUAUUGUUGAUUUGCAAGAGUUCUUUAUAUAUUUUAGAUACUAGACAGUUAUGUUUUGCAAAUAUUUUUUCAUUCUGAGGGCUUUUCACUUUCAUGCUACUGUCUUUUGAGACAUAAACUUUUUUGUUUUGGUGAAGUCCCUAACUUUUUCUUUGGUUCCUUGAGCUUCUGGGUGUCAUAUCCAAGAAACUAGUUCCAAAUCCUAGGUUAUGAAGAUUUAUGCUUAUGUUUUUUUCUGUUUUAUAUUUUAGCACCUACAUUUAGGUCUUUGAUCCAUUUUGAGUUAGUUUUUGUAUAUGGUAUGAAGACGUCUAACUUUGUUCUUUUGUAUGUGACUACUCAGUUGUUAUAAUUUACUGAAAAGUUUACCAUUUACUGAAAAGGUUUUUUUUCCUACUGUCGAAAAUCAAUUGAGUACAAAUGAAUGGGUUUAUUUCUGGAAGUGUCAGUUGAUUUCUGGGUCUUUCCUUCAUGCCAGUACUACACAGUCUUGAUUACUGUUGCUACUUAGAAGAAGGAAGUUUUGAACGUGAGAGUUGUUAAGUUUUUUCAGGACCAUUUUGGCUCUCCUGUGUCCCUUGCAUUUCCAUAUGAAUUUUAGAAUCAGCUUGUCAGUUUUUGUGUGCACCCAGACACACAUAUAAGGCAGCUAAAAGUUUGAUAAGAAUUAUAUUCAGAUCAAUUUUUGGAAAAUCUUGCCAUCUUGAUAAUAUGCCUUCCAGCCCUUGAACAUGGAGUGUCUUUCCAGUUAUUCAUGGCUUCAGUUUCUUUCAGGAGGGCUUUAUAGGUACUUUUAAUAAGAUUAUUUGUAUUUUAUUCUUGAUGAUGUUGCAAAUAGAACCGUUUUAUUUUUGGAUUAUUGUUAGUAUAUAGAAAUAACUGAUUUCUCUAUGUUGCAAUUGCAUCCUACAACACUGUUGAAUUCACUUACUACUUGUUUUUUUGUGUGGAUUCCUUGGCAUUUCCUAUAUAGAAAAUCAUGUCAUCUAUAAUUAGAGCCUGGACUAGAGCCUCCAAUACAAUAUUCAAGUGGCAGUAAGUAGAUAACCUCGUCUUUCUGAUGUUAGGGGGAAAGUACUGAGUGUUUCAGUUUUCUUUUAUCAGGUUAAGGAAGUUCCCUUCUAUUAAAUUUUUUAUCAUAAAGACGUGUUAACUUUGUCAAAAAAAUAUCACUUCUGUUGAGAUGAUUAUAUUGUUCUUCUUUAUUCUAAUAAUAUGGUAUAUUACAUUGACUUUUAGGUAUUAUACCCACAUUCCAUUCCUGGGCUAAAUCUCAUUUUGGUCAUGAUAUAGGCCAAAGUUGAAGAAAAAAAAUUAUCAAUAUACUUGUUGUAUUUUCACUAAUCAAGUAAGGAAAUGGUAGUAUCAAAAGAAAAGUACUGAUGCACUUCAAAAAUGCCCAAGAUGUUUUUUCAAAUAAAAACAGACAUAAGGAGG